AUGGCCGAACAACGGUGGGUGUGGGUGUGGGUGAGGUGUGGGUGUGGGUGGGGGUCUUUGUACACAAGACUAGAUAUCAGACAAGGAACUACCAAGUCAUCUACAGAAAUCGAGACAACAAUGCAACACACCAGUGUGAUCACAACGAAUGCAGCUACUACUCAUUCAACAACAAGUGAGCGUUGCUCGAAUGGAACGUGUGAUCCUGUUUGUGCAAAUGGAGGUCAAUGUGUGAUAUGUGGAGAUGAUCCAGGGUACUGUCACUGUCAAAAAAACUGGCAGGGCAGUACUUGUGAAAAUGGUAAUCCAUUACUUCGUCUUCCAUAUGAUUUAGUUGUCGUGUCAGUAUAUGAUUUCAAUGAAAUGUUACCCAACGUAGACGAAUGUGCCAGUGGUUUGGAUGAUUGUGAUGACGUUGCUCAAUGUACGAAUACGAUUGGUGGAUAUGAGUGUACAUGCCCAUCACUGGGAUAUAAAGGAAACGGUACUUAUUGUGAGGAUAUUGAUGAAUGUACUGAUGGUACACAUAUGUGUUAUGAUAGCGCCAAUUGUAGUAACACUGACGGAUCGUAUGUAUGUCACUGCUUGGAUGGAGGCACAGAUAACUGCACAGCAACUGAAGUCUGUAGUAAACAAUGUGAAAAUGGGGUUUGUUAUAUCGACAAGAAUAAUCGACAGCAAUGCCAGUGUGACCGAGGAUAUAAACUAGAUAACGACGAUAACAGUGUGUGCAUAGAUAUAAAUGAAUGUUUAGACGUAAAUCAUUGCUCUCAACGAUGUACCAAUACUGAAGGAAGUUAUGUAUGCUAUUGUGAUCCUGGCUAUGAACUAGACGAAAAUGGAUAUACGUGCUCUGGUCGGUUAUUUGUUACUAUGAUCCAAUCUAAUAAUGUAUAUCGGAGUUCGAUACCAUCUGUUUAG